AUGUUACCACCGAAGGUUGCAAAAAAGAAAAAGAUUCAAAGCACCAGCACUGUAAAACAAUCGACUACAAGUUGUGGAAAGCAGAAGAAAUCUGCAACAUUAGGGACAUAUUUCAUGCCGAGAACAACUCCUGGUGCUCAAAAGUCUAUUCAGAAUUGUUGGCAAAGGAAGAAAGCAGUUGAACGGUGUGAUCUUGCUUUAGCGAAGUGGAUGAUUGAUGCAUGUGUGCCAUUUAAUGUUGUUAAUUCUGUGUAUUAUCAGCAUGCCAUAGAUGCUGUAACAACCAUGGGUCCUGGUUAUAAAGGACCAAACUUGCAUGCUAUUCGUGGUUAUUACUUGGCAAAAGCGGUUGAUGAAGUCAAGAUUUAUGUUGAGACGUAUCGAGAGAUUUGGAAGAAGACUGGUUGCACAUUAAUGGCUGAUGGAUGGACAGAUCAGAAGAGGAGGACUUUAAUUAACUUCUUAGUAUAUUGUCCUAAAGGAACAGUUUUUUUGAAAACCGUGGAUGUAUCAGAUGUCUCAAAGACUGCUAGAUUGUUGUAUCAAUUGUUUAGAGAGGUUGUUUUGUAUGUUGGGGUAGAAAACAUUGUGCAUAUGGUGACUGAUAAUGCUGCAAAUUAUGUUGCUGCUGGCAAGUUAUUGAUGGAAGAAUUUCCUUCAAUAUUUUGGUCUCCUUGUGCUGCUCAUUGCAUCAACCUCAUACUCCAGGACAUUGGUAAAUUGCAGUCGGUUUGUUGUGUUGUUGAGCAUGCUUCUGGUAUCACAAAGUACAUUUAUAAUCAUUGUUAUCCAUUGUAUUUGAUGAGGAAGUUCACUGGAGGAAAAGAAAUACUUCGUCCUGCUCCUACUCGUUUUGCUACCAAUUUCAUUGCAUUGCAAAGCAUUUUAGCUCAUAAAGAUGAGUUGAGAGCUAUGGCGACAUCUAGGGAAUGGGUCUCAUCUGCUUAUGCUAAAGAUAGCAAAGGAAAAAAGUUUGUUGAGAGUGUGCUAGACUCUCUGUUUUGGGAAGAAUGUGCAAUAAUUGUGCGAAUGAGUGAGCCUUUAAUUCGAGUUCUACGAAUAGUUGAUGGUGAUGAUAGACCUUCGAUGGGAUAUUUGUAUGAUGCUAUUCAUCAUGCAAAAGAAGAAAUAAUGAGGAGAUUUCAAAAGAGAAAGGCUAGAGUGAAACCUUUCAUAGACAUUAUCAGUAAUCGGUGGGAUGAACAAUUUUAUAGACAUCUUUAUGCUGCGGCAUUUUGGUUGAAUCCUCGAUUUUAA